AUGCUGAAAAACAAAGAAGCAUGCUUCGGAAGCAAUGGGCAAGAGCAGAUCGACGAAAAAAAACCGGUGUUCUGCUUGAGCAUGGUGGUAUUCUGGGGAACACUGAAAUCACCCAACUACCCGAUUAAGAAAACUGCCGAUUGGGACACGUGUGUCAAUGAUUGUUUGAACACUAAUAACUGUGUGGCCUGCGCCGAAGGGACCACAGAAACUGAGUGCCUUAUAUUUGAAUAUUAUAAUCUCACAUAUAUCACAAAAACUGCGUUCAACACAAAAAAAGUUGCAUUGAAGUUGGAAAUUAAUGGUGCCGAAUGUCCAGCAAGCACGGACCCGCCGCUAUUCGGAAAACCGAAUGCUUAUGGUUACAUUAAAAAUGUGCGUAGUACUGCUACGGAAAAAUUCAAAUCAAUGUUCUAUACAGUGACUGCUGGACUCAAAAUCACAUAUAAUCCUUGCUACGAUGAUGAAAGCGCAGUGACUGAUGGAAACACCUUCUAUUGCGUUUCGCCGUCGUAUUCCGAGGAAUCAUACGUUGAUGCGAAAGCCGUUUGUUCUGGGAAGGGCGGCGAGCUGUUGGCAAUCACUUCUCAAACGAUGUACGACAAUUUCAAAGAUUGGAUAGUUCCACUUCAAUCGACUACAUCCUACAUAAAAAUGAAACGGCUGAAAACCUGUGAUACCUCAUAUCCCUCAUCUUAUAAUACCGCUUCUCCUGACGGAACUUGCGGAAAAAAUAAACUAUUUACAACAGAGGGAACUACGAAUCAGUUUACCGCUGGAGCUUGGGCGAGUGAUUAUCCGUGCAAUUCGCAAUGCGGAGAGUGUCUUUUGAUGUCUCUUCGCGGCAAAAGCGCUCCACCGUACGUUGAAUGCGGCGCGCUUCUCGGCAAAUAUCGAACAUUUCAAAUAGAUCAAAUGAUUGCUGGCGGUGGAUUCGGACAAAUCUAUCGAGCAUUCAAUUUGGACACUAAUGAAGAAGUGGCAGUCAAAGUAGAAAAAGCGCAUGGAAACGACUCUCAACGAAUGAUCAUGGAAUCAAUGGUUCUAGAAAGCAUGCUAGGAAAAAGACAUUUCCCAAGGAUUUACUACUCUGGGUCAUUGAAAAAUUUUAAUUAUAUCGUCAUGGAAAUGCUUGGAAUGAAUCUUGGCGAUAUUCGAAAAUCACUGGCAUCGCGUAAAAUCUCUAAGCACUCGGCGAUUCGAAUCGGAAUUCAAGUCAUCGAUGGUCUUGAAUUGCUCCAUUCUCAAGGGUUUCUGCAUCGAGACUUGAAGCCAACGAAUUGCUGUGUCGGUCUUGGACCGGAUCGCAAACGGAUCUACUUGGUCGAUUUUGGAAUGUCGCGCAGAUUCCGGAACGAAGAUGGAAGUCAUCGAGAAUCUCGACGAUAUUGCGGCUUUCGCGGCACAACCCGCUAUUGCUCUUAUCGAAUGCAUGAUCGAAGAGAGCAGGGACCCGUUGAUGAUCUUUGGUGCCUUUACUAUACACUAGCAGAGCUUAUUGAAGGCUAUCUGCCGUGGAGAAGCUUAGAAGCGGCUGAUGAAAUGGCACAAGCCAAGAAAAUUGCGAAACAUUCAGAGAUUUAUCCCUCAAUGCCCACACGAUUCGCAAGUUUUGAUCGGAAUCUUCGACGUCUUCGUCAGGAUUCGACGCCGAACUAUCUCAAAUUCAAGGACAUUCUUGCAUCUUGCGUUAAAUUUGUCGAUACGAACGCGGAAUUCGAAUGGGACGAAGAGAAGUACAACAUGUGA